CUGGACGACCGAACGUCCAAGCUGCAGAGGCGAGCAAUUUCCAAUCAAUUACAUUCGUGUUCUGAGUUCUGCUGCGAAGUCAGUGCUUGGCGAGAUGUCUUUGGUUUGAUUAUGGAUGAUGAAGGGCUGAGGAUGUUAUUUGCUAGGGAGUAUGAUGAUGGCCGACUUGAAGUCCAGACGCGAAUCCCAGACGCGACACUGGGGCUUAAAUCAUACGACGCCUAUGACCUCAAGCGGGGAUACAUAUGUACCGCGACUGACUGCAAAGAUGACCACAGUACCCAGCAACCCGAUAAACGACUUUCGCAGGCCCUCCUUCAGUCAAUGAUGAAUAAUCCCGCCUAUAGUUUAAUUAUGGAUGGCGUGUGGGGAAAGGCCGACAUCCUUUUUCCAUUCGCAGUUUAUGAGGCAAAGAAGCGAGCUGUGAAGCAUGAGGAAGCCGAGAAUCAGAUCUAUAACGCGUGCAAAGUGUACAUGGCCAUGUUGGACGAUUUGGCCCGAAAUCCGAACAACGUCGCGGAGUACCAAACGACAGCGACAAAGAUCAGCUCUUCGCGUUCACGUCUUACGGCUCACAAUGGUAGGUUUUUUCUGCAUGGUGUGAUGGGGCCAACGGUCCAUCUGGAGUUUAAUACGACAAUAUGGGAAGGAGACGUCAUGCAUUUCAGUCGCGCGUUUCAGCUGAUAUGCAUCGUGGAUCAGAUCCAUGACUAUGCCUUCCACCAGCAUCGCGACUUCGUCAUGAAGCAUUUGGAGGCG